AUGAUACCUCGUGAACUGCCUGUUGACGACGAGAAACCUCCCUGUCCUUACGCGGUCCGUAUGAGAUUCGGCGUGACGGUCCACAACCCUCCUCUCCCUUUCGGUGGCGGCAGCUAUCGCGACAAUCCAGAGCCCCGGCCGUGGGAACAAUACCGGCAUAUCGUGAACUUCACCCAAACUCGAUACUGCGUCAAGGAUCUACGGCUAGAUGAGCCCCCUGUGAACCCAUCAAGUCGCGCGAACCCACCGGCGCGCUCGCUGGUCAUCGACUCCCUGAUACGGGGCGGCGACCAGGUUGGAGCCCAGGUUGUGACAUGCCACUGGGAAAACGACGUUCACGACACCAAGUACGUGGCCAAGAUCUAUGACCCGUUGUACUAUAACUUCGAGGAGCCCGACCACCCGGGCAUGCCGACCGAUGUGGUGUGGAACGCGGCACGCGACUAUAGUAUCGAAGCCGCCGCAUACCAACAACUGCAGGCUUACGACAAGUCUUGGGCAGAGGCUACCCCCGACGAUGAGUCCAGGAGCAUACGCGGCUGCUACCCAGCGUUCUUUGGCUCCUUUUCCACCACCCUCAAGCUUGUUUGCGAUGGUAAAUCCUAUACCCGCAUCGUGCCGCUGAUUCUCAUGGAGCACUUGCCCCUAUCAAUGGAUUCACAAAUUGUCAUCAAGUCUGGCAACAACCCCAACGGCUGGGACAAGCUCCGAGUGGUCGAGCUGCCCGGCACCGAGCACUUCCGCAUCCACACAUUCGCCCGCGCCGCCAGCUCCUUCAUGCGGCUGACCAUGGCGGGCGUGGGGCAGGGCGACUUUGCGCCGCGCAACAUCUUCCUCGUCGCCAGACCAGAUAGCGCCCAGUUCCGCGUCGUCAUCGCCGAUUUCAACAUCGCCAAGAUCUUCCCUCUGAUGACCCCGAAGCGAGCACCCCCGGCCACCAUGGACCCCAUCAGCUUUUGUGAAGAUCCGAGUUGGGAAGAUAGAUUCGGCGACUGGCUCCCGCAGUGGUUCUUUACCGACAAGGAGAAGAGAAGAGCCAGUCUGAAACAGGAAUUCCCGAGCGGGAAGCCGUAG